AUGAAGCUGGGGCAGGCCUCCGAGGAGCUGCUGCGCGAGCACUGGGGAGCCCUGCGCGAGCGGCCCUUCUACCAGCAGCUGCUCAAGUACAUGAGCUCGGGGCCCGUCGUGGCCAUGGUCUGGCAGGGCCUGGACGUGGUCAAGACAGUCCGCACGAUGAUCGGGGAGACUAACCCGGCCGACUCCAGACCCGGCACCAUCCGGGGAGACUUCUGCACUGACGUCACCAAAAACGUGAUCCACGGCAGUGACUCAGUUGAGAGCGCCAGGCAGGAGAUCAUGCUCUGGUUCCGCCCGGAGGAGCUGAUUUGCUGGGAGGAUGCGGCUGAGCACUGGAUCUACAGCUGAGCGCCGGAUCUCGGAGCAAUAAGAGCAGCCUGAGGGAAGCAGGUCUUCCCCACCCAGCCACGAUGCAUUUCUAUCCAUUUCAUUUCAGCCCGCUGGGCUGGCUGUGGAUUCUGCUGCAGCAUCACAUUCUGUUGGGGGGUUCUGUUUUGGAUGUGGGUGGAGGGGUCUUGGGAG